GCAGACAGGCUGACGGGCUGGCGGGCGGCGGGGGGGAAUCGAGUAACUCGCGAUCGAGCGAGGAAGCGCGGAAGCCCGGACGGGGGUCGGUUCUCCGCAAGAUGGCGGACCGACGGCGGCAGCGCGCCUCGCAGGACACGGAGGACGAGGAGUCCGGAGCCUCGGGUUCGGACAGCGCCGGUUCCCGGGGCGGCGGCGGCGGAGGCGGCGGGGCCGGCGGAGGCUCCUCGUCUUCGCUGCGCGGGGGCCGAUCUGGGGGCCUUAACUCGCGGCGGACGGAGGGAGGCGGCCUCCGGAGUCCCGACGAGUCGGAGUGUGAAAGUGAAGACUGCAUAGAAGGCGAUGCUGUUCUUUCGGAUUAUGAAAGUGCAGAGGAUUCAGAAGGUGAGGAAGAAUACAGUGAAGAGGAAAGUUCCAAGGUGGAGCUUAAGUCAGAAGCUAAUGAUGCUGCUAAUUCUUUGGCAAAAGAAGAGAAGGGAGAAGAAAAACCUGACCCAAAAGGCACUGUGACUGGCGAGAGACAAAGUGGAGACGGGCAAGAGAGCACAGAACCUGUAGAAAACAAGGUGGGUAAAAAGGUCACAAAGCAUUUGGAUGAUGAUGAAGAUCGGAAGAACCCUGCCUACAUCCCCAGGAAGGGGCUCUUCUUUGAGCAUGACCUCCGAGGCCAGACUCAAGAAGAAGAAGUCAGACCCAAAGGACGUCAGCGAAAGCUGUGGAAGGAUGAGGGCCGGUGGGAACAUGACAAAUUCAGAGAGGAUGAACAAGCACCCAAGUCUCGGCAAGAGCUCAUAGCCCUCUAUGGUUACGAUAUUCGAUCAGCUCACAACCCUGAUGAUAUCAGACCUCGGAGAAUACGUAAACCCAGGUUUGGAAGCUCUCCACAGAGAGAGCCAAACUGGGGCAAUGACCGGCCAAACAAGCCUCCCCGUCACCAGGGCUCUGGGGGAUCCUCCUUGCCACCAAGAACAUUCAUCAAUCGUAAUGCUGCUGGUACAGGCAGAACGCCUACAUCUAGGAACUACUCUCGAUCUGGAGGCUACAAGGAAGGAAGGACCGGGUUUAGGUCUGCAGAAAACGAUGGGCCACAUAACAAUCGUUCUAAUGACUCCGUCAGGCAUGAAAAUGGUUAUCGUUCUCGGCGCCUGGACUACUCCACAGCUAGGGACCCAUCCCCUGAAAUGGAGUCUUCCCAUAUGCUUGGCAGCCCUGAAAGAGAGGAAAUAGCUUCAGAGCCUCCUCCUCCUGCCCCUGAAACUGUACCACCACCUCCAGACAGACCAGUUGAGAAGAAGUCCUACUCUCGAGCAAGAAGAUCCAGAAACAAAGCUGGAGAUGCAAGCAAGUUGGCAGAGGAAGUGCCACCUCCUGCGGAGGGGCCAGCCCCUGCACCUCCACCUCCCCCAGCUACCCCACCACCACCCUCAAAGACUGGGAAUUGGGAGGCCCCAGUGGAUUCCAGCACAGAAGGACUUGAGCAAGACAUGACCCAACUGAAUCUGACUGAACAAAAUUGGAGCCCAGGACAACCUCAGUUUCUACAGCCAAGGGAGCUUCGAGGUAUUCCUAACCACAUGCACCUGGGAGCAGGCCCUCCACCUCAGUUUAACCGUAUGGAAGAAAUGAGCGUUCAGGGCAGUCGAGCCAAACGAUAUUCAUCCCAGCGUCAGAGACCUGUCCCUGAACCACCUGCCCCCCCUGUGCACAUCAGUAUCGUGGAAGGGCACUACUAUGACCCAUUGCAGUUCCAGGGACCAAUCUACACCCACAGUGACAGUCCUACCCCGAUGCCUCCUCAGGGCAUGAUUGUACAACCAGAAAUGCACCUCCCUCACCCUGGUUUACAUCCCCAUCAGACUCCAGCACCUUUGCCUAAUCCGGGUCUGUACCCCCCACCGGUGUCCAUGUCCCCAGGACAGCCACCACCCCAGCAGCUGCUUGCCCCUACCUACUUCUCCGCUCCAGGUGUCAUGAACUUCGGCAGUCCCAGCUAUCCCUAUGCCCCAGGGGCCCUGCCCCCUCCCCCACCUCCUCACCUGUACCCUAAUACUCAGGCUCAGUCUCAGGUGUAUGGAGGAGUAACCUAUUAUAAUCCAGUCCAACAACAGGUGCAGCCAAAACCUUCUCCCCCCAGGCGAGCAUCCCAGCCAGUCACCAUCAAACCCCCACCACCUGAGGUUGUCAGCAGGGGUUCCAGUUAAUUUGAAUUUCUAAAUACUUUAAAUCUAACACCACAUGAAAAAACAGCAGAAGUGAGAACUCGGAAGAUAAGAUUCAUCAGGCCACCUGCUGCCGGGAGUGCUCUGAUAUUAUUGUGGCCCCCAUCAGCAAGCAGACUUGUUACACACCCAGAAUGAAAAGCAGCCUUUCCUCUUCUUGGGAAUAGGCUUUGAUGGGAAAAUAAGGACACCUUUCUCCUCCAGCAGGAGUGGCUGUCUGUACUCAGGGCAGGGAAGGCCCCAGUCAGCCAGCCAACUCAUAUACCCUUGUCUCUAGACCUAGAAGCUCAUGUCUCUGCUGCUGAUCUUCCCCUCCUUCCAUCCUGCCCUGGGAUUGAAAUGUCCUUCCCUCCCAUGGUGGGCACCUUCUUGUCCUUUCUUGUUUAAGAUGUUGAAUGAAAAAACCUUUGCUUGCUGUUUAAUAUUCUUCCUUUUUCCUAAAAAAAAAAAUGAAAUGAACUCAUUCUAUUCAGUUUACCAACUCCUCUGGGUUCCCUUUAGGUUCUCUACCAUGUCCCUCCCAGAUGAACAUGAAUGUACCAGCCAGUUCUUUCCCCACCCAGGGUCCUCAUAGGAGCUGGCCUUUCUUUGAUUUUGUUGGUUUCUCUUCUUGUUCUUGUUGUAUGUUUUUUAAUUCUAACUCUUCCCUAACCCCAUAGACACAUAACUCUCAGCAGAGUAUAGCAUUGAGAAAGGCCCAGGGUUGAUAGAAGUGCCCUACCUUCCAUUUUCAGCUUUUAGGGAUUUGGAUCCCACUAUUUGCUGUGAUGGGUUUUAGUUUAGAUAGGUGCAAUUUCUCUACUUUUGGAGAGAGGCAAUAGAUCAGGUGCUCUUGGGAGUGGGGAGGGAAGAGUAAUGGUAUCCUCCCUCUUCUCCCAUAACCAUCCUUAGGGCUAUCUUUUCAUAGUGCCUAGGGCAAAUCAAUGCAGUGAAGCCGGGAAGAACUGGAGGGUCUUAGGCCUCCUCCCCUACCCCCCCCCAUUUGCUGCAGACCAAUGCCUCCCUCCAGGCAACUGCUUCCAAGGGUCACAUUCUCAAGUAGCUCCCGUUCAUUUGGCCCUUAAACCUGUGUGCAAUGUUCCCUGCACGUUUUACUUAAUUAUUUUCACACUUUGGUAGCCUCCCUUUCAAUUUAAAAAAAAAGAAGUGGCAUAGCGGCCAAGCUCAAGGCCGAAAGGUAACCAGGUGCUGUUUGGGCUCAGAGCCACUUAACCCAUCUGCUUCCGCGGAAGACUUCAUCACAGCAGUUGCCAGAGGCCACUUGGCCCCAGCAUACUACAGAACCCAAGUGUAAGGGCCAUUUCAUCUCAGCAUAGUCACUGUUUAUCUAGUCUCUUCUGCUUUCCAACAGCUUGGCUUGGUCAUUGCAAGUCAUCUUAGCCAUGGGCUCAAUCAAAAUGUAUAUGUGGGGAGAGGGGAUGGGACUCAGCCAUUUCCUUCCUACUUGACAUAGUUAAGAAAAACCCCUGUUAGAAGCUGACUGGUGGUUGCCCCUUUUAUAGGCUAUCUUCUUGCUGCCUUGAGCCCAAGGGCCACAUGGCCAGUCUCCCAGACCUUAUAACACUGUGAUGGUUAUGUCUAUUGAACCAUGUGUUUCUCUGGGUUUUUUCAUUUUUUUGUUGUUUUGAGGAGUGUUUAUUUGUGAUCUACAUUGUGACUUCCUGAUGAUAAAUUUUAGAUGGGAAAUCUGA